AUGGGAGCAGACAUGAGAAUGAACCAACAAGCUUUGAACCGACGGGGUUUGCAAUCCUUUUCGUUGCCCCGGCACGUCAGCCCGUUGAAUAUCAACGCACCCAUCGGUGCAACACCAUCAAGACUCAAGACUCUGGAAAGUAAUGUCUAUCUGCCCAUCCUCUGCGACACAGUCCAGAAAACCUGCAACAACAAGGCAUGGUGCCUUUGUGGGUGGGAAGUUCCAGGCACUCACAAUAACACAGGAGGAAUGAGCGAAGCCCCUGAAGCAGGCCCAAGCAAACGGGGCUUCAACAUAUCCUCAUUCUGCGGGUGCUUGGAACUUCCUGAACCGGUACGUACUGCCUACAAGAAUGCGAUUCUCAAGAUGAGUCCGGUGACACCCACCAAUUACUCGUUCGAUGGAUAUAACAUGAUUUUCAAUGCGAGUCUUACCACACCUACAAGCUACUCAGCUGGUGACCAUCAUGGUUCAGAAACUCUUAUUCACUUCUCUCUCUAUCUCUUUGAGUAG